AUGUCAGAAGAUAUGUUAAAAGAUUUAGUAUCGCGUAAUGUUGAUGUUCUAGUUGAAGAAACCCCCCAGCAGCUUUCAUUUCCACCGCCUAGCUCAGUAAAAGCAAAGCAUCCAACAAUGUGA